GACCAUCAAAGUGGUGAUUUAUUAGCCUCCCGAAAAAAAGGCAAAGACGGCUUUCGCGGUCUUCAGAGUGCUUCAGUAGUUCACGCGAUAAUGAUCGAUGUUAACGUUGCAAGUCAAUCCUUUUCCCUCGUGGAUUCUGUGAUUCUUAUCCUUAUGCUGAUCAUUUCAUUGGGCAUUGGGAUCUACCAUGGAUAUGCUAAUAGGAAGACACUUAAAACGGAAGUGGAAUACCUGAUGGGUGGUAAAAACAUGAGUGUCGUACCCGUUGGAAUGAGUAUUCUGGCCAGCACAUUGAGUGCCAUUGGCCUGAUGGGAGUACAGACUGAGAUGUAUCUCUAUGGAAGUACUUUUGCCUUCUCAUUCUUCCCAUUUCUCGUUACGGCGCUCCUCUUCAACAGGUACAUCCUCCCAAUCUUCUAUUCACUCAACAUCACCUCAAUGUACCACUAUCUGGAGAAGAGAUUCGAUCGACGAGUACGUCUCUUUGGGUCCAUAUCCUUCCUUAUUCUAUCCACAUUAUAUAUGCCAAUCCUCCUCUAUGUACCCAGUUUGUCACUCAAUCAAGUAACUGGCACCAAUAUUCAUGUCACAAGUUCUAUUUUGGUAGCAAUUGUUGUUCUCUACACCUGUAUUGGUGGCUUCCGUGCAACCGUAUGGACGGAUGUUUUCCAAACAAUAACAAUGUUUGGAUCGAUAAUUGUGGUGCUAAUAAAAGGCACGGUGGAGUUGAGCGAUGAAAUUGGAUUUGAGGGUAUUUUUCGCAAUACCUACGAGCGGGAUCGUUAUGAAUUUCCCACAUUGAGAAUUGACCCCACCAUACGGCAUUCCUUCUGGUCCAUCACCCUCGGGGGCGUUGGGUAUUGCGGCUACAUCUUCUGCAAUCAGAACGUCGUACAGCGCUACCUCUCAUUGCCAUCCCUGAAGAAGGUUCAUCGUGCCGCCUGGCUGAGUGUCAGCAUUUUCGUUUCCAUCUACUUCCUCAGCAUCUACGGUGGAUCCCUUCUAUUGGCCACCUUCAGUGACUGCGAUCCCAAAAUGGCGGGCCUUAUUCGGGAACACGAUCAACUCAUUCCCUUCUUUGUACUCCUCAUCUCACGCAAUCUCCCCGGUUUGGCGGGUAUCUUCAUCGGGGGGAUGUUCUGUGCUGCCCUGAGUUCCAUGUCAACCUUCCUCAAUUCCAUGGCUGCUGUUGUCCUUGAGGACUUCUUCAAACCCCUCUCCCGUCGAAAUCUCACCAUGCGUGCCAAGAAUUGGAUCAUGCGGGGUGUUGUGGUUGUUUGUGGGCUCCUCUGUGUCCCCUUGAUGGCAAUCGCUGAGAAAUCCAACACCAUUAUGCAGCUCACAAAUAGUUUUGAAGGAGUCACAAGUGGUUCAGUCCUUGGAAUAUUUAUCCUUGGCAUUUUCUUCCCAUCAAUCAAUGGAAGUUGUGCUCUCAUGGGUGGUAUUGCUGGAUUAGUUCUCAUGGGUUGGAUUAGCUUUUCUGCCCAAUCAGCCAUUGCUGCGGGAGAUUUAAUCUUUGAGACGAAACCCCUAACACACGAGGGAUGCCCGGAUGUUUUUAACAUCACCGUACAUCUCAAUGAAACCGCAUUGAAUACAGAAAGUUCCUACGUAAUGCCCCUCUUUCGGAUAUCAUAUCUCUUCUACAUUCCCCUGGGAAUCAUCACAACAAUCUCCGUGGCUUUCCUCAUGCGCCUCAUAAGUGGUGGCAAUAAGCCUGGUGAUGUGGAUGCCACCCUUAUUUCACGGCUUGUCCACUCACGUGAUACGGAUGUGAAUGAAAUUGCGCAAAGUCAAGAAAUUCUCGAGGAGAAGAUUGAUCUCAUGUCAAAGGAGGAAAAGUUGCUGUCUCGUGUAAAAAUCACCAAGUAGCAUUAAACUUGUAUGUAGUUUGUAGGUACUUAUAUUGGGUUAUUACAUUAGCAAAUAUACUUGUUUUUUAUUAGUUUUUCUCAUACUUUGUAUAAUUUUACAAUUGCAAGACAUAUUCAAUAGGUCAUACAGUAAAUUAAAUAAUAAAUAUAAUUAUACUUUUUUUCUCUCUCAAAUAUAUAAUAGAGAUUAAGAAGA